CCCUUUCCUCUCCUCAUCGCCACAGGUGGAGGCUACAUGGGAUACGACCAGUACGGCCACUACAAGGACCGGGAGCUAACAAAGAUUGGUAUCGAGGUGCCUCCACGCAUCGCCAAUGAAACCCAGCUGCCCCUCCCCCAGGCAGACCAGUCCUCCUCCAGUCUCUCACUGUCACCAGUCUGCUGCAGCUCCUCUCAGAUCAGCUGUGAAACAGUCACCCCACCUUCUGGCACCCAGGCUCUGCCCUCUGGUACAAAAUAACUUUGAGGCCCCUGGAACCCUGAGAGAGCGAGAGAGAAAUGACAGAGAGCGAAGAGAGGGAGCGAACGGAUUACCCCCCUUCACCACGUCACAUCCGUCCUACCAGAGAAGGGGGCCGGGCUUGAGAAUAGCAGAGCGAGAGAACAAGAUCCAGCGAGAGAACAGACGUGUCCACACUGAGAGCGAGAGAAGCAGCCCCAGUGAGAGAAGUGUCUGUAAUCCCCCCACACCUUCAGUGAUAAUGUGUCAGAGCAGGAACCUGCAGCGGGCAGCAGCGCGGAGCUCAGGGAAAUGGUUGCAGUUCCCUCAGUUGGCCUUGCGGCGUCGUCUUGGCCAUUUGAGCUGCAUGUCCCGGCCCGCCUUGCGGCUGCGCUCAUGGCCGCUCAGCUUCCUCUACUACUUCCUGACCUUCGGUGCACUCAAGCCCCUGGCAAAGGUUUGCUGGAGACCAACAAGCAGGGUUGCUCUGUACAAGACCAUCCCGACACGGCUGCUGUCUCGGGCCUGGGGUCGGCUGAACCAGGUGGAGCUGCCGACCUGGCUGAGGAAGCCAGUCUACAGUCUGUAUAUCUGGACGUUUGGUGUCAACAUGCAGGAGGCUGCUGUGGAAGACCUAAUUCAGUACAGGAACCUGGGAGAGUUCUUUAGACGGAAACUCAAACCGGCUAUCCGGCCCGUGUGCGACUCACACUGUGUGAUCAGCCCAGCAGAUGGGAAGAUCCUGCACUUUGGGCGGGUGCGGAACUGUGAGGUGGAGCAAGUCAAAGGAGUCACAUACUCUCUGGAGACCUUCCUGGGACCACACACCUGGGCUGAGGCCAUCAACAGUACCAUCAAGCCAUCAAAUGAAGAGGACCCCAGCUCGUUUCAGGACCUGCUGGUGACUAAAGAGGGGAAUGAGCUGUUCCACUGUGUGGUGUACCUGGCUCCAGGAGAUUACCACUGCUUCCACUCCCCCACAGACUGGAGGGUGGCCCACAGAAGACACUUUCCUGGCUCUUUGAUGUCAGUGAACCCUGGCGUGGCCCGCUGGAUCAAAGAACUGUUCUGCCAUAACGAGAGGGUGGUGUUGAGCGGAGAGUGGACGCACGGCUUCUUCUCUCUCACCGCUGUAGGGGCCACCAACGUGGGCUCCAUACGUAUCUACUUUGACAAGGAGCUGCGCACUAACAGCCCACGCUACAGCAAAGGCUCGUACAACGACUUCAGCUACUUGUCCAACAACAACCAGGAGGGAGUGAGCAUGAGGAAAGGGGAGCACCUGGGAGAGUUCAACCUGGGCUCCACUAUAGUCCUUCUCUUCGAGGCUCCGCACGACUUCAGCUUCAACCUGAAGGCCGGCCAGAAGAUCCGCUACGGAGAACCCCUGGGGACUGUGAGCCGAGAUGGACAACCAGAGAGACACUCUCUGGGGGAAAACGGACUAAAAUAAACUGAUGGGGACACUAACAUGUGUGUACAGAUUUGAGCGGAGGUGCACAGGCUGACUUAGACACACACUCAUUCACACACUGAUGGACUUACAGAAAAAACUCAGUCACCACUGUUGCAUUACUACCAAGGGGUCUCCCCUGUUGCAUUACUACCAAGGGGUCUCCCCUGUUGCAUUACUACCAAGGGGUCUCCCCUGUUGCAUUACUACCAAGGGGUCUCCCCUGUUGCAUUACUACCAAGGGGUCUCCCCGUUUUCAUCAACUAGAGUUUCUAUUAACAAUUUACUUAUUUUGUCAGUUGGACAGUUGAUUACAACUAGUGUACAUACCUGACCAGCAAAAGCAAGAUAGUUUAUUGCAAUUAGUUGCAUUUACUUUCCAUAAGAAUAACGACAUAGCUUUAAAAAGAAGAAAAAAAUGUCACUAAAUUGUACCCAUAUUGCCUUUUGUCAGGGGUAUCCUCUUCAACUAGGAGUUCCUCCUGAGAUUUCAGACACAAGCAGCAAGACACCAGCCUGAUUACAGAUCUGGCUAGUGCUGUGUAGCCCAGCUCAGAUCUGGGACCAGGCUAGCAAGACACAUCUCCACACAUACAGAUAACCCCUGUCACACACAGCCUCUAUCAUGUGGACAGGCUUCCCUAUACAAUGUACAGUAUACACACAUCUACAGUACACAUACCACAAAGAAGGAAUGUACCAGAGGCCACACGUCUACCCUCUUCCUUGUCUAAUUUCCCUUCAUUCUGAUACUGAAUGCCUUCCUGUUCUCCUUUGGUCUCUCCCUCUUCUGCCAUCCCCAGAGAAGGUGCUUGUGUUGGGGGUGAUUAUGUGGACUCUUCCCUCCCUGUCAUGGAGGUACAGACUGACACCACUCCUCCCAGUCAGACAAGUCUGGGUCUUAUUCAUUAGGCACCUGCCAGAAGAAAACAGGCUGAAUACUUUGACUUUCCGUUGUAAAAUGUUUUGCCUCAGUCUGCCCUAAUAAAUACAACCCUGUUGUAGUAAGCCCA